GUAACGUGGGCGCUCGCGCAACCAUGGCCGAUCUGGAGCUGCUGCUCCUGCAGAUCGAACUGAUAAAAGAAGAAUUUAUCACCACGGACAGGGCUGAUGAGGAGCGUAGAGUUAAAGAGGACAGAGCCGCGCUGCGAAUACAGAGCUGGUUCCGCGGAACCCGGCUGCGAUCAUAUCUCAGUAUGAAACCCGACAGAGAAACAAACAAACCACCGGUUAAAACAGUUCCAGUCCAUGUUAUUUGUGUUACAACGUUUCCGUUACAUCUGCAGAGAAAGGCGACCAUUAUACAGAAGAUAUGGAGAGGCUACAUUGCAAGGGUGUAUUUCAGAAAAAAGGUGAAGGUACAGUGUUUCGUCAUGAAGAUGAAUUUCUACAAUGAGAUGGCUGUCAGGAUACAAAAACGUUGGAAGGGCUAUUAUGUACGAAAGUAUGUACAUAAUUAUUAUGCCAGAAAAAGAUAUCUGGAAGGAUUAACAAAAAAGAAUGAACAAGUCAGGAGGACCAUGGAGGAGUUUGCUGAGAUGCAGCGAAACGAGAGGGAGCAUCAUCAGGUGGAGUGUGAGGAGCAGAAGACGUGUCUGCAGGCCCAGAGGAUGCACUUCCUGCUCAGCACCCAUCAGAUCCCAGGCGUGUUCAACUCCCCAUACAGAGAUUUCCCUCAUGAAAUGGAGCUGCAAAUGAAGAGCAUCAAGCCCCUGCUCGUCAAGGAUAUCCAGCAAAAGAGACAGGCCAUGGAUCCCUCGGCCCCGGGAGACACAUUCCUCAAAACACGGCCGCUGCCCCCGAUACCCAGCAAGAAGCCUCAGGGACCCUUCCGUGAUCCGGCCACGGUGCUGCAGCAGAGGUACCGGCCACUGGAGCCCACCCUGCGCGUGGCGACCUCCAUCACGGACCUGGAGGAGGCCAGAGAGGAGCUCCGCCGAGGGGAGUGGAGGGGGCGCAUCAUCGACCACGCAUUUCAGCCUUUUUCCCAUGCGCACAAAAACAAGAAGUACGAGAGGUCAAUUCACACAACGUCCUCUUUCGAAAGGCUGGCGUACGGCACCGUAUAUUUCAGAGAAGAAAACCAGGAAAAACUGCGAGGAAAAAAGCCAUUCAAAAGCAUCUUCACAACCUGCAACGUUUUUGACAAAUUUGGACAGCUCUAUUCCAAUGCUGGUAAAAUAGUGUAGAGAUUCCUGAGAUGUUCCUGAGAUGUAUCCCGUACAAGAACAAAGAUUUCCAUGCCAAAGGUGUUUUGUAACAAGAUUCUCCAUGAAGUCAAAAACAAAAUAAUAUUUUAGGUUUUACAAGCAACAUAUUGGCUUAUCCUGUGCAUGUGCAUAAUUUCAAGCCUACUGCACAUUUGUUUUAAUAAAAAAAGUUAGGGUUAGGGUUAGGGUUACACACAAUGUGUGAUUUACAAAAAAAAAAAAUCAAACUAAGGACGUGGCAUAGUGCAGGUUACGGAAAACAUGCUCAUUGUUUCACUUACUCAAUUAUUACAAAACCUGCACACAGCAUGUAAUAUAGGUCCCAGUUAUUCAUUAUAUAUGAUCAAUGAAAAAAAUCGGGUGUUAUUUUAUGGAAUCUAGAGGGAUUUUGGGAUUUUGUCAUUUUAUCUAGCUAGCCUUGAAAUGUAGCGUCGCUGAAUGCGAAAAACCUUUGCACUGCCACAGAUUUCAAAGUUUGCUUGACAUCUCAGCGACCAUACAUAGCGUGAGAAACAUUAUAAAGGUAUUAUUGAAAUGAAAGAGGCCAAGCACCAGCCUACAGGUAAAACAGUACUGGCAUAGAAAACACCAUCCGAGAAAUCUGUGGAACGUUCCGGUCAUUGUUCUUGGCAUUAGAAUGAAGUGAUAAAAAACAUAAUGGAGUAGCAACGAGAGAGAAGAUAAAACCCGAAUUUCAAUUCAUUUAAAAUACUAAAUGUAGAUUAAAAUAACAAGUGCAUUCUGGGGCAGCGUCCCAUCCAGGGCUUAGGCUGUCCUUGUGUCUGCGGCCUGGGAGAUGCACCAGUUCCCUCUGUGACCCUGACCAUGAUAGAUAAAUGCAUGAAUCUCUGUAUCUUUAGUUUUUAUUU